AUGCUGCUCGAAAUGGGCAUUUGGAACUUCUGCAAUGGGCUCUUGACCAGGGCUGCCCAUGGGAUGCUUCGGUAUGUGCUGCGGCCGCCGGCGGUGCAUAUCUUGAAAUGGCUGCACGAGAAGGGAUGUCCAUGGGAUCCAUCGGUUUGUGCUGCCGCCGCCCGUGGCGGACAUCUGCAUAUCUUGAAAUGGCUGCAUGAGAAUGGAUGCCCAUGGAAUCCUUCAACAUGUGCCGAUGCUGCGGCGGGAGGUCAUUUGGAUGUAUUGAAGUAUGCCCGUGAGGAUGGCUGUCCAUGGAAUUGUUCAACAUGUUCUUAUGCCGCAUGGGGAGGCCACCUGAAUAUCCUGAUAUAUGCCCAUUCUCAUCGGUGUCCACGGGAUGAAACUACCGAUACCUGUUGUGGUGCUGCCUUGGGUGGCCAUUUGGAAGUCUUGAAAUGGGCCAGAGAAAAAUUUUGUCCAUGGAAUACCUGGACAUGCGCUUUGGCUCCCAAGGGCGGUCAUUUGGAAGUUCUGAAAUGGGCCCAUGAUAAUGGGUGUGAAUGGGACUCAAAGACAUGUUCCUAUGCUGCCGAGGGUGGGCAUUUGGAGGUCCUGAAAUAUGCCCGUGAGAACAACUGCCCAUGGGAUCAUAGGACCAUCGUAGGUGCAUCUGCCUAUAUGCGCCAGGAUGUUCUUAACUGGGCACGAGAAAACGGCUGCCCUGAAGGAUGA